CGUCACUUCCGCCCCACGUGAAACGCUCAGUCCAUGUGAGCAGCAGCGCUCACGUUCAUUUACAGCCGGUUUCUUUGGGUUUACAGGCCACCAGAUCACAUAUUGUCAUCGUAUGAUUAUCGAUAGCAGGACUAUGGAGUCGGAAGACGAGGAGUCGCUGCUCGGACAGUCCGAGGAGGAGGAGGACAGUGAAUUAUCAGACGAUGCGCUUCAAGAAGCCUUUGCAAAAGGGUUGUUGAAACCGGGGAUGAACGUUUAUGUAGAAAGGUCCAAACAGUUUGUCAACAAUGUGGAGGGGUUGAAACAUUGCCUCGCUGACUUCCGCAAAGACCUCCCGUGGGUGGAGAGGUUGGAUAUGACCAACCUGCCGGCUGAAGAUGUUAUUUUCAAAGCUGAGGGGAAAGUUUCAAGUGGGAAAGCUGGAGACGUCAAUGCAGAUGAUGAUUUCCAGAGAGAGAUGUUUUUUUACCGUCAAGCUCAAGCCACAGUUCUAGAUGCAUUGCCUCUCCUGAACAAGCAUGGCAUAGCCACCAAGAGGCCUGACGAUUACUUUGCAGAGAUGUCCAAGUCCGAUCAGCAGAUGCAGAAGAUCAGGAAGAAGCUGAUCUCAAAGCAGCUGAUACUGGAGAAGUCGGAGAAGGCCAAGAAACUGCGCGAACAAAGGAAGUUCGGCAAAAAGGUCCAAGUAGAAGUUAUUCAGAAGAGGCAGAAAGACAAGAGAGCUAUGAUGACCGCUGUAAAGAAAUACCAGAAAGGAAUGACAGACAAACUGGAUUUCCUGGAAGGAGACAAGAAGAAGGGUAAAGACUCUUCUCAGGCCACCCCGGCCUCCAACAAAGUGGCGGCUAAGAAGGGCCCCAAUUCAAAGAGGAAAUUCAAGGACCAGAAAUUUGGCUUCGGAGGCAAGAAGAGUGGAAAGAAGUGGAACACCAAGGAGAGCCACAAUGAUGUUUCCAGUUUCCGCGCUAAAGUGGCUAACGCGAAGGGCAGCAAGGGAGCGAAGAAAGGCGCCAAAGGAGGAAAACAAAAUAAACGCCCGGGCAAGUCUGUGCGCAAGAAGAUAAAGUCUCGCUCGUAAGAAACUGACUGAGGCUAGCUGGACUUUGACCUUGUUUCUAAGCAGGAUUUCCAUCACCUGCUCCUCAAGUCUCUCCACCACAUUUAGGAGAACAUUUACGCUUUUUGCAUAACAUGCCUUUUGUAAAAUUUGUCUUGAUCAAUGUGGAGGACCCUUCAAGUCACACAAAGAGAGAGAGAGGCAUCUUGCGAUAUUGCUAUGGACGCCAUUUGAAGGACAUGUCUGGUAGAAAAAGGUCUACUUUUGCAAAAAUGGUAAACUCAAAAGUGGACUACAUAGAACUGCCCACACCACACAAUUGUUUGCCAAAAAGAGAGGAUUUGAAUGUUCAGAGACUGCAUUUUCUUCUUUAUUAGUUGUUAGACCAAUUUGUAUUGUCUGUGGAAAUAAUUCAUUUUCCAUAUGCCUAUUUUAUUCAGUGGUUUUAUAGCCACUUUCUGUGAGUACUCCAAAGUCUACACCGGCCUCCUUGCUGUGUACACUGAAUUCUUUUGGAGUUUGGUAUAUUCAGUUUUAUUUUUUCUAACUCAACUCAUUGAUUCUCUCCCUUGUGCCAUGGCAUUUUAUAAUAUUGAGCAGCUGUUAGUUUUGCCCUUUCUCCUAUUCAUUAUUGUGAUUAGUAUGUCAUGGACAACUGUGCUUUGUAUAGACUUGGGCAAAUGUUGACCCUGCCAGUGUUUUACUGAGCUAGCUAAGAUGGGAAUGCUAAAGAGAAGCUUCUGGAGAUGACACCUGUACGUUUGUGUAAUAAACAAAUGGAUCUGAACAAAGA